CAGGGAUUUUCACUCACAGAACACAAUCAAGGACACCAGCCACAGAGACCUAAACUAUCGUGUCAAAUCCAGUCCCUAAAAUGGAAGAAGCCAAAAGCCACAGAUUGGAGGAAGAUUUUGAAGGACAAGCCACACAUACAGGACCCAAAGGAGUAAUAAAUGAUUGGAGAAAGUUUAAGCUAGAGAGUGAAGAUAGUGAAUCAAUCCCACCUAGCAAGAAGAAGAUUCUCAGACAAAUAUCUUCUCCUCAGAGUAGAGAUGACAAAGACUCAAAAGUCAGCAGAAAGAUGAGCAUACAAGAAUAUGAACUUAUCAAUCAAGACAAAGAAGAUGAAAACUGCCUUCGUAAAUACAGGAGACAGUGCAUGCAAGAUAUGCAUCAGAAGCUGAGUUUUGGGCCUAGACAUGGGUUUGUGUAUGAGCUAGAAACUGGGGAGCAAUUCCUAGAAACAAUUGAAAAGGAGCAGAAGAUCACGACAAUUGUUGUUCACAUUUAUGAAGAUGGCAUUAAGGGCUGUGAUGCUCUAAACAGUAGUUUAAUAUACCUUGCAGCAGAAUACCCUAUGGUCAAGUUUUGUAAAAUGAAAGCUUCCAAAACAGGUGCUGACGACCGUUUUUCCUUAGAGGUACUCCCCACACUGCUUGUCUACAAAGGCGGAGAACUCAUAAGCAAUUUUAUUAGUGUUGCUGAACAGUUCACUGAAGAAUUUUUUGCUGCGGAUGUGGAGUCUUUCCUAAAUGAAUAUGGAUUACUACCAGAAAGAGAAAUGCAUGCCCUUGAGGAUACCAAUAUGGAAGAAGAUGUUGAAUAAAGAGUCACUAAAUCAAUAUCUCAUAUUUAUCCUUUACACACUGAACAUUGAUUUCUG